AUGACGUGUUUCUCGGUUAAUCGAUCACCAAAGGUAUCAUUAGAUGGGAGAGUUGUAGGAGAGGAUUGGAUAGGUUAUGCGGUAGACUUCUUUGGUUUGAGAGAGGGUCCAGCCAUGCACGUUUCUAGUGGAGUAGGAUCUAGGCUUGAUGAAGAGAAACGGGUGCCAGAAAGUUCUAGUAGCAUCAAUGAGCCUGUUUUGCAGGUGGAGUUGGGGACUCAGGACACAAGUGCAGGGAGUUCUAGCUCAGGAGACUUGCAUUAUCACAGGAGAAAGUUGGACAGAAAGGAGAUUGUGUUGGAGAGGUUUAACAUGGUUAAUGUUAAACUAGUCACUGGUACACCUUUGGAUGUAUUAGCAAUUGCUCUCCUAUUAUGCAUCACUCUAUUUAACGUAAGUAGCGGGUUAGUUUAUUCAAAUGUAUUCGACGUGAUGGAGCAUGGAGCCAUUGGAGAUGGCCAAAGCGAUGAUUCCCAAGCUUUUGCAAAAGCUUGGGAAACCUUAUGCUCUGGUUCUGGAGGGAGCAAUGCCUUAAUCGUACCAAGUGGGAAGACAUUCAGAUUGCAGCCUACCAGGUUUGCUGGUCCGUGCAGGGCAGAGAGAGUCCAUGUGCAGAUAUUGGGGAGUCUUGUAGCACCUGCGGCUCCCGGUGAUUGGGAUGGAUGUGUAGACGGCAGCUGGCUUUCCUUCUCGGGAGUAGAGGGCCUCACGAUCGAUGGAUCAGGAACGAUCGACGGCCAAGGUUCACUUUGGUGGCAAAAUCCAAAUGCUGCUUUGCACUUCAAUGCAUGCAAUAAUCUUCUACUAAAGGGAUUGACUCAUAUGAAUAGCCCAAGAAAUCAUAUCAGCAUUACUAAUUGCAAAGGUGUUAUGGUCUCCAAUCUCAAGAUAGUUGCACCAGAAAAAAGCCCCAACACUGAUGGCAUUGAUAUUAGUCAAUCAGAUGAAGUAACUAUCCAACAUUCUUCCAUAGGAACAGGUGAUGAUUGUAUCGCUAUUAAUACUGGGAGCACCAAUGUCAAUAUCACUAAUAUUGCAUGUGGACCGGGACAUGGCAUUAGCAUUGGAAGCCUUGGGCACGACGGACAAGAAGAUACCGUGGUAGGGGUAUACGUGGGAAAUUCUAUUUUCACUGGGACUCAAAAUGGAGCAAGGAUCAAGACGUGGCCGGGCGGUUCAGGGUAUGCUAGGCAAAUCACUUUUGAGCACAUCACAUUGGACAAAGCUCAGAACCCUAUCAUAAUUGACCAAAAUUAUUGUAAUGGUUUACACAAUUGUAGAGCUUCCCAUGAUGCGAAGCAAUCGGAUGUGGAAGUGAGUGACGUGACAUUCAAUGAUUUUCAUGGAUCAUGUGCGGGUGAAGAAGCUAUUAGCUUUAAAUGCAGCCCAAGUGUACCAUGUAGUGGUAUUAAAGUAAGCAAUGUUCGCAUAAGCUCAAUCGAUGGACAAAAACCUAAUGUCAUCUGUAGUAAUGCUAAAGGAACAUGUACCUCUUCUAUACCCGAAGUAUCUUGCUUGUCCUCUUAG